AUGUCCGUCGCAAAAGAAUUCGAAACAGCCAAUGCCAAGUAUGCAGCCUCAUUCACCAAAGGCGACCUACAACUCCCUCCACAGCGAAAAGUAACCGUUGUGGCAUGCAUGGAUGCCCGUCUCGGUACACCUCAAACCCCCACUGUUACUACAAAUACUAACCCCAUAGAUCCCGCACGAGCCCUGGGCCUCGAAGAAGGCGACGCCCACGUCAUCCGCAACGCUGGAGGCAGGGUAUCCGAUGCCCUGCGCAGCAUCAUAAUCUCACAGCAGCUACUCGGGACUCGGGAGAUCAUCAUCGUUCACCAUACGAAUUGCGGAAUGCUUACUUUCACGGACGAGGUGCUUCGGGAGAAAGUGCGGAAGGAGUUGGGGCAGAAUGUGGACCAUCUUGCGUUUUUGCCUUUUGGGGAUUUGGAGGAGAGUGUUAGGGAUGAUGUUAGGUUUGUGAAGGAUAGUCCGCUUGUUUUGGAUGUUCCUGUUACUGGGUAUGUUUAUGAGGUUGAGACUGGGAAGAUUGUUAAGAUUGAUUGA